UGGUGCGGAACGUACUCUCUCGGUCAUACAUGUAACGUCACUUUUGCGAGUGGAAGCGUAAUGCAUCGCGAAGGGAGUACGAAUUCGUAAUCGCGCAGCUUUCCAUAUGAAAGCACCGUGUUAUGGGAUCAGCCUCUUCGUCUGGCGUUAUCACAGUCCAACUUCGUGAUCCACCAAGUGGCUCCGAGUCGCGGUCCACCAAACAAAACAUGGACGCUGUGGAGAUUGAUACGUCGGAGGCUCCGCCGCAGCAGAGUGAGGACAUAUGUCGCGUGUGUUUGCUCGGUAGCUCGGGGAUGCGCGACCUUUUCCAGGAUAGCAUGGACGCGUCCCUCUCGGCCAAGGCGAUGAGCUUCGCCAAUGUUAAGAUGUUAGCAGGCGACGGACUACCAGCACAACUGUGUUAUGUCUGUGCCGAUAAGCUGGAGUCUGCGUAUGAAUUCAAGCUACAAGUGGAGCAGGCGGACGGUGUUCUGAGAGAGAGGUUCCUCGGUAUGAACGUAAAAGAGGAGAUGUUUUUCAACGAGGUCGAGAUACAUUUGGAUGAUGAGAAAAAUGAUGCCAUAGGUGAGUUAAGUGAUGGUGCCGAUUAUGAAUCCGCCACCGCGGUACCGCCGCCAGGACAAUCGGAGGAUGACAAGAGCCUGUUGAAACACGACCAAUUGCUCCUGCAAGACGAACAGCCAGUGGAAAUACAGCAAAAUCCAGAAGAGGGUAGUUCGCAGGGGAUCACGCAGGAAAUUAGCGAGAGCAUUGCCGAGGUAUUGCAGGAAGGACUGGCCGAAAAGGACACCCCAAGUGACAUCGAAGCAGCCGUGGAUCCCAAAGCUUACAGGGACGAGUCUAUCAUUCGGAGCCGCGCGGACGCGAUUCCGGCGGAUGAACACGACUACAUCCUGCAGCAGCCAGAUCCAACGGCCGAAUUCUGUACGGACGAGGAAAGGACGGAGGAGAUCGCUCCGAUUGAACCGGCAGAACAUUCGGAGAAUGCCACAUUAUCGGCCGAUCAAAGAGAAGAACCGUCGAGAAUCAAGAACGAGACGACGGAGCAGCAGAGCGAGACGAGAAGGAGCAAACGCAAACUGGCUCGUCGGGCCGCCGAGAGGAACUCGGACGAGGAGAAUUACUUUGAGAACCUGAAUCUCAGUUCCCGGCUGAAGAGGGCGCAGCAGGCGGACAGGGCGGUCUUCUUUAUGUGUUACCUGUGCGACAAGCAGUUCCUGUCGAAGAACGUCCUGAAGGAGCACAUGCACUCCCACGAGGAGGUCAGGCGCGCUCUCUGUCUGAAGAAAACGCCGGAGAAGCCGCAGAAGGUGCCGCAGAAGGUGAUAAUCAGCGGCAGCGUGGUGAAAACACCGCCGUCCGGCAAGAAAGCUAACAAGUGCCCUUAUUGCGGUAAAGAGUAUCUGUACAUAAUCUCGUUUGAUAAGCACAUUAAGAAGCACGAGCGGGAGGAGAAGGAGGGGGGGGACUCGUCGAUGCCGCUCGAGGUGUCGUUCGUCGAGGACGAUCGCGGUAUGAUCUUGGACAAUUCGGACAGCAAGUACCGAAGACGGACGAGAAGGAACACGGUGGCGGACGGGAAAUACAACGAUGACUACGACGAGGAGGAGGAGGAGGUGGAGGAGGAGGAGGAGGACGACGGCAGCGGUGGCGGCGCCGGCGACGACGACGACGACGACGACAAGAACGAGAGAGCGAAGCUCAACGAGGCGAAGCUCGCGUGCGACAAGUGCCCGCAGAUGUUUGGCACGAAGCUGGGCCUGAAGAAGCACGUGUCCGUGCGGCACACCGCUCAGAAGUGUAACGUGUGCGAGGAGGAGUGCGACAACCUGCUGCAGCUGCGGAAGCACCGCGCCAAGCACAUGAAUUUGGACAUCGUGCAGAAAGAGAGUAAAAACGAGGACGAGGAGGAGGAGGGCGGCGAGGAGGAGGCCGGGAAGGAGUACAAGUGUCCCAAGUGCUCGGCGAUGUACGUUUUCAAGAAGAGCCUGCUGAAGCACAUGGAGACGCAUUACGGGACCAACAAUCACAGCUACAGCUGCAAGGUGUGCGGCCAGCAGUUUCCGCGCAAGGACCAGAUGCGCAGGCACGCCGAGCAGCACGGCCGCGUCAAGGCUUACAAGUGCACCCAGUGUAACAAGACCUUCGGCAACGAGUUCACCCUGAGGAACCACCUGAUCUCGACGAGCCACAAGACCUUCCUGCACGGCCAGGAGUACGAUCCCAACAAGCGCAUCAAACGCGUCGCCGCCAAGGCGGCGCAAAAGAUCAUCGACAAGAUCAAGACGGAGGUCGAUCUGGAGAGUCUCGACGACGACGACAACGACGACGGGGAGUACUACGCCAUGCUGGGCAAGCGCAAGCGCGGCCCGCCGAAGAAAUGUAAGAAGGAGCUCGAGUGCGGCACCUGCCACAAGCAGUACAGCACGAAGCAUUCGCUGAUGAAGCACAUGGAGCAUCACGUGAAGAACGAGAAACAGAAGAAGGAGAAGACCGCCGCGGAAAAGGCGAUCAAGGCCGACGGGGGGGACGACGACGACAACUCGGACUUCGAGAGCGGCCUGGACUGGCCGAUGGACAGUCACGAGUGCGUCACGUGCAAGAAACGGUACAGCACGAAGAAGUCGCUUCAGCGGCACCAGCUGCUUCACGAGGAGCCGAACUUCGAGUGCGACAUCUGCCACGUCAAGUUCUACCGCAAGGACAAGCUAAAGGCGCACUACGACAAGUGCUCGGAGAAGAACCCGGACCAGGUGAGGAAGUGCAACAUCUGCGGCGACCAGUUCGAGAACAACGAAAUACUGCGCGUCCACCGGGCCACCCACGUUACCGAGGGCAUCCUGACCGAGGAGGACCUGAUGGACCUGGACCCGAUGCCGGCCGAGGAGAAGAAGGAGAGGGUGGCGCGCAAGAGGCGAACCGACAUCGUCGGCCUCGAGUGCACCGAGUGCAACAAGCAGUACUCCUCGCGGAAGGGCCUGCUGCGACACAUCCAGGUGCACGAGGGCAAGAAGUUCCUCUGCGACAUCUGCCCGAAGAAGUUCUACCGGCGGGAGCACCUCAAGCUCCAUCAGGCCAAGCACAACAUGGUGAAGCCGUACAAGUGCCACCGGUGCAGCAAGCGCUUCAUCAAGGAGGAGCAGCUGAUCAACCACUUGUCCAAGCACGACCGCAUGUUCAAGAAGAACAAGGAGAGCGACACCACCAAGAGGUUCCUGUGCGAGAUCUGCUCCAAGAGCUUCACCCAGUCCACCACGCUGAUAGCCCACCUGCGCGCCCACAACGGCAUCAAGCCGUACGUGUGCGAGGUGUGCUCACGGCCGUUCACCACCAACGCCUACCUGAAGAUGCACAUGCGCACGCACACGCAGGAGCGGCCGUACAUCUGCCAGUACUGCUCGCGCGCCUUCGCCCGCGCCGACACCCUCUCGAACCACCUGACCUCGCAUACCGGCGAGGCCAAGUACCACUGCAAAUUGUGCCCGCGCAACUUUCGCCGGCUCAAGUCCCUCAAGGAGCACACGUUCAUCCACACCGGCCAGCGGCCGUACGAGUGCCCGACCUGCGACCGCAAGUUCAACAACAAUGGCAGCCGCUACGCCCACAGCAAACGUUGCAAGCAGAAUCUGCUGAUGAGCCAGCACCGUGCGGCACAGCAGCAGGAGCAGCAGCAACAGCAGGAGCAAGAGCAGCAGCAGCAGGAGCAGCAGCAGCAGCAGCAGCAGAUUCUGCAGACGGCUCAGCCGGUUCAGGUGCAGGUGCACCCGCAGCUCCAGCAGACCCGAAUGACGACGCUGAGCCAGGCGCAGGUGGUGAAGGCACAGAACAUCAAGACGAUCGCUAUCGCGAGGCAACCGGUCGUCGACACGACGAUGGUCGGCACGCAUCAGAUGGUGCAGCAUCAGGAGAUACUGAUGCCGCUUAUACUGCCGCUCACCGUCACCCUCGCCGACGUCGGCGAGGAGGUGAUACUGCCGGAGGGCACCAAGAUCUUCACGACGACGUAAUCCCGACCGGCGUCUCGCGGAGGACACGCGCGAAACUUCCUCGGGGAGGAGAACGAAAACACGACGCGAGAGAGACGAAGAUGGACGAGUCGAA